CCGCAGCGCCGCCGCCUCGCUGGGAGGCGGCUGCGGGCCGGGCCGGCUGAGGGGUGGGACAGGGCGGGCGGGGAGCAGGCUCAGCCGGCGGCGAGAAGCGCAGGAUGUCGGCGACGCUGUACCUGCUGUCCACGCUGGGUGGAUAUGUCCUUACCUCGGCUCUUCUCCUCAAGUGUCCGGGGCUGCUCCACCGACCCAAGCGGCAGCGCUUCCGCUGCCGGCACAUCUCCCACCGCGGCGGUGCUGGAGAGAACCUGGAAAACACGAUGGCAGCCUUUCACCAUGCGGUUAAUAUAGGAACAGACAUGUUGGAGCUAGAUUGUCACCUGACAAAAGAUGAGCAAGUGGUUGUGUCCCAUGAUGAGAACCUGAAGAGAUCAACAGGAGUUGAUGUCAACAUAUCUGACCUCAAAUACUCUGAACUUCCACCAUAUCUCUGCAAGUUGGAUGUCACAUUUCAGAAAGAAUGUCACUGUGAGGGAAAAGAUAACCGUAUUCCACUCCUGAAAGAGGUGUUUGAGGCAUUUCCACAAACUCCUGUCAACAUUGACAUCAAAAUGAACAACAAUGUGUUGAUCAAAAAGGUUUCAGAGCUGGUGAGUCAGUAUAAGCGAGAGCAUUUGACGGUAUGGGGGAAUGUCAAUUACGAGGUUGUAUCAAAGUGUCUUAAGGAGAAUGCUGACAUUCCCGUCAUCUUCUGUUUGCAACGUGUCCUCCUGCUUCUUGGCCUGUUCUACACUGGUCUGCUGCCAUUCAUUCCUUUCAAGGAAGAAUUCUUAGAAAUUCCCAUGCCUUCAAUCAUCCUCAAGCUGAAAGAACCACAGAAGAUGACAAGAAGCCAGAAAUUUAUUAUCUGGCUAGCUGACACAUUGCUAAUGCGGAAAGCACUUUUUGACCACCUCACUGCUCGGGGCAUUCAGGUGUAUAUUUGGGUACUGAAUGAAGAACAAGAAUACAAGCGGGCAUUUGAUUUGGGAGCAACUGGAGUGAUGACAGACUAUCCAACAAAACUUAAGGAGUUUUUACACAAUUACCCAGCAUAAAGGAAGAAACCGAAGGAAGCUCUUACAGAAUAGAUUGUGAGCCAAGGAUUUUCCUCAUAAAAAAAUUUGAGCAGCGUAGACAGAUCACUUUGUUUGAAAGAUGUAAUUGGAUGAUCUAUUACCUUGUUGUCAAGUUGCUACCUAAUGUAAAGGUUGUCUAUUUAUUUUAAAAUUUUAAUUACAUAGUUUACAUUUGUAAAUAGCUCAUUUAGCAACAGCGCACUUCACAAAUGGCGAUGACUAGGAGAGAAAGUUGCUGGGUAGGAUACCUGUAGAUAGUAAGUGUUAUUUUACCCAUCACAAGUGUUCCUAAGCAGAUGUCAAGACAUGUCAGUUAUUCCAGUUAUAUUCUAGUGGGCAGAAACUAAAGAAUUUCUGAAAGCAUACCCUGUGUGUAUGCAUUUCUUGUGUUGCUUUUAGUUUUCAGAUAACUUGUAGGGAAAAAAAGAAAAUCAAUGCACAGGAGAACUAGAAAGCAGAAUCCGUGGCUAGGCAAAUAGUUUAGCAUGUGAAGUGUAGUUGGUAAAGGCAGUCACUUUUUUACCAGAAUUAACUCACUUGGUCAGUAUAGAUUUACUCCAUUAUUCUUACUGAUAAGAAUGUUGCGCUUGAGUUGCAACUGGUUUUAGACCCCCCUCUGACGUGGUGGUGGUAGUGUGACUUACUGGUUGAGGUCUAAAAACAGUAUUUAAGCCAGGUUCUGGGUUUGGCACCAAGUUCCACUGCCAGGGUCUAGGUUUGCCCCUGGUUCUGACCUGCCUGUCAGGCUACUGUGGCAUGGCAGUAGCUAGCUUUCCAAAAAGGAAGAUUGCACUUAUUAUAGAUUACACUUACUUUGAAAUAGUCUUUUCACAAAGGAAGCCAAUGUUCUAGAAGUCUUUUGCACAUUUGUAGUUCUAACAUCUGUUGGCUUGAUGAGUGGGAAGUUGUUUUUAGGGUGAGGGACCAGAGAAGACUUAAGUUUGGUCAGGAGUUUCAGGAACAAAUUAGAAUGUUCCUAUUAAAUUAAUUCACCCAAAGCAGAUGUAUAUGCAUACUUAGAAAAGGAGCAAGUGUCAGUCUAGAAUGUGUGUAAAGUUUAGUCUUUUCUCUCCACAAAAGUACAUUUGAUAUUCAUUAAUUUUAUGUGCAUGGACAUGAAAGUUGCUUUACUGGCAAAAGCCAGGAAACCCCAGGUGUGAUGGACUGGGGUUAGGUAGGAAGGUAUUUCUGGAAGCUUACAUGCUGUUCUGUCAUUGUGAACCGAUGUACAUGUGUCAAACAGAUUUGAGCCUGUAAUGCUUUUGUGUUUUGGUGUGGUCAUGUUAGUGGGGGGGGGGUUCAGAAGGAGUUUUAUUACUGUAGCUUAAUUAUGGAAAAUGACAUGUAUAAAGCUCAGUCAUUUAAUCAUCGGAUACUGCUGGAACAAGACUGUUUAGUGAUAGUAUCUACUUCUUUAAGGAACUUCAUGUGAAAAUGAUGGAUUUUAAUAUAGUAGCCAGAUGCAAGAGUAUAUUUACUGGAAGGUAUACUCAUGGCUAUAAAAACUUUUAAGUCAUCCUUUUCCCUUGCUAGCUCAGAUGUGGAAGGGCUCUUGUCCACUGGCUGCUGUGCCAUACUUGUAAUCAUGGAGCAUCUUUGCUAUUUUGUUAUGUCUGUCAGUAGGCGGUCUGUUAGAAUGUCAAGUCCAUCUGGAUGGAUAAUGUUUGUUUUUGCAUUACAAUUCUUUUCGGAGGAGUAUUUUCACGUGGGUGAAGUGGAAGAAACUACUGAUUUAAGUGAAUGUGUGAUGGUAGCAAAUGAGUCAGUGGUGGUGUUCUGAAUGUCUGCCUGGUUAAGAUGGCCGUAGACUUAAUUUCCUCUUAAUUUAAUCAGGUUUCUUAUUCAUUGAACAGAAGGAGGAAAAUGUUUAACUUCAAAAAGGAUGAAAUAUUUUAUUAUGUACUAAGCUUUUUGUUUCCUUUUCAGACCAGUUAUGUCUGGUCAGAUAACUGCUAAUAGUCAGUCUAGUCAGAGUUCUGCCUGCUUUUCAGUAGUUGCAGAGUAGUUACAGAAUAAGCUCCAUAUGCAGCUCAGUGUGUAGCUCCAGAUAGUUUUUAUACAGCGUGGUUUCUUCAACUCAGUUUUAUUGCUAUUGAAUUUCCAACACGCACACCUACAUUAAGAUGUGAAUGUAAUUCUAGCUUGAGAGACUAUUACUACCAAAUAGCACUUACAUAUUAUUAUUAUUUUUUUUAGGCUAGGAAAAGCUAAGUUUUAAAAUUUCUGGACUUAAUCUCUCAAGGGACAGGUGAUGACUUAGUGUCUCUCUCAAGUUCCCUUCACCACUGCAUAAACUGGUUUGCUUUAUUCUAUAUUAAAUGACAAAAAAGUUAUUGCAAUGAAAACCUUAUUUUUUUAAAUGUCAUUUUAGUCUUUUUCCUCUUUCUCUCUAGCAGUGGUGUCGGAAACUUCUGCCUUCAAAGAUGCUCAGCGUGUUUUUCAGCCUCUAGCCUUCCUACAUCUGAUGCAGCUUUUGACUCUGCUGUUUAUACAUGACCUCUCUUUGAUAAGUCUGCUACUUAAUAUCUGAAAUUUGCAUGAGUCAAGUUACAUGGGAGGGAAGGGGUUCAGUGCCAGAAAAGCUGCUGAAUGUAUUCAGACACCCAUUUGGGCUUUAGGGAGUGAAAGUCUUGAGACAGACAGUGUUGUGUGGAUGAAGCCAGGAAUCGAAGCACCAAUGCACAGGGCUUAGGCCAUGAUAACUGUUUGUAACAAAAUAACAUGGAAUUGAGGUAACUGUAGAGUAUUUGUUCUUACCAAUCAUUGUUGUGUAUAUUCCAGAAAUUGCUGUGUGAUUUUUAAACCACUUGUACAGAAAAGCAUUUGUUGAGAACUUGCACAGCUGUCCAGGAGGAUGUUCAGUUAAUCUCUCUCUCCAAGGAGAGAUUAUUUUCAGGUACUUUUAACUCUAAAUAUUGUUUAACACUUACUGUGUUCUCAACCCUAUUGCAAAAUAUUUUAUGUAUGAAGGAUGAUGCAUGUAUUUCAUGCACUUUUAAUUUGCAGAUUAGUCUUGUGGACCUCUCUAGCUCCAAAUCUAUGAAGUGACUUUUCUUUUCUUGUAAAGAAAGAUUGAUGCUUUUGAAAUGUGACACAUUAAAACAUCUUACUUACAGCAA